GGGGCAGGGGGCUCUGGCUGCCCCAGGAGAUAGCAUAUAGAGCGGAGCUGGAAGCAGGGAUCAGCCAGGAGCACUGAUGUGGCUCUCUCUUUCCUAGGUGAGAGAGAGUGCAAGGUAGUCAAAAGGCUGGGGCCUGUCUGAAAGCAAUUAUUGGAGCGGUGGGGGUGGCGUGACAAUCUAGCCCACUUGCAUUAUUGCCCUUUUCAUCCCACCCCAUCUCCGUGCUUCUUGCCCCUCCCUCCGCCCCCCCAUAAGUCCUAGAUCCCACUACGGACCCAUACAAGCCGGGUACCAGUUUAAGGGGGUUCAGGGGCGACAUGAGAAGAUAAUGAAAGUCCACCUGCCCCCUAAUAUACAUUAACCCUUCAAAAAAAACAAAUAAAAGAGCAUCAUUAGCCGGUUAAAGGUGGUCUUCCCCUUCUCUCCAGCGAGAUGUGCGCUGCAGAAUGCCGCCGACGCAGGGCAGCCUGGGGCUUUGGGGCCAAACUCGCGCUCCCUCUGGCGGCUACGCGGGGCCCUCGGUCGCCGCGGGACGCGGCUGCCCCGCCCCCUCCAACAGCAGCCAAUGGGAGUCCGAGGCCCCGCCCUCUAAGCCCUCGCCUCGGGGAGAGUAUUUAGAAGCGGAGCGCCCUGGAAAGCACUCGGAGCGAGCGGGGGAAGGAGAGGGGAGUGCUGACUGGCGUGCGGCUCUCAACCUGGAACCGGGGAGCGGGAGCGGUCCGCCGUGCGGGGUGGAGUCCGCAUCCUACCUGCCCCGGCCAUCGGCCAUUCAGCGCCACGCACGUCGAGCCAGAGCAGAAGUGGGUGAGUCCCGCAGCUGCGCUCGGCACAGAGCUGCCCUGUCCCACCCCGGGCAGUCGCCACCAUGACCUGGCUGGUGGUGCUGGGCGCACUGCUGUGCACGCUGCGCGUCGGGUUUGGCACCCUGGACUCCCAGGGCUUCUUGACCCCGGGGCCUCAUAACUGCCCCUACAAAUGUGUCUGCGCUGCCGACCUUCUGAGCUGCGCAGGCCUUGGGCUGCAGGACGUGCCUGCUGCGUUACCUGCCGCUGCUGCAGACCUCGACCUGAGCCACAACGCGCUCCAGCGCCUGCGCCCCGGCUGGUUGGCGCCCCUCUCCCGGCUGCGCGCCCUGCGCCUAGGUCACAACAUGCUGGAUGCGCUAGGUCGCGGAGCGUUCACCAACGCCAGCGGCCUGCGGCUGCUCGAUUUAUCUUCUAACGCGCUGCGGGCGCUUGGCCGCCACGACCUCGACGGGCUGGGGUCGCUAGAAAUGCUGCUUCUGUUCAAUAACCGCCUGGCGCACUUAGACGAGCAUGCCUUCCAUGGCCUGGGCGCGCUCAGCCGUCUUUACCUGGGCUGCAACGAACUCGCAUCCUUCUCUUUCAACCACCUGCAUGGUCUGGGCGCGACCCAACUACGUACUCUGGAUCUCUCCUCCAACCGCCUGGGCCGCAUUCCCGUACCUGACCUGGCUGCGCUGCCGGCCUUUCUCAAGAACGGCCUUUACUUGCACAACAACCCCUUGCCCUGCGACUGCCGCCUCUAUCACCUGUUGCAGCGUUGGCACCAGCGGGGACUAAGUGCUGUGAGCGACUUUGCACACGAGUACAUGUGCUUGGCCUUCAGGGUACCCACAUCCCGCGUGCGCUUCUUUGAGCAUAGCGGCAUCUUUGAGAAUUGCUCUGCUGCCCUGGCUCAGGGCCUAGAGCAGCCUGAAGAGCAGCUGCAUGUGCAGGUGGGUCGGUCCCUGAGGCUACACUGCAACACCAGUGCCCCAGCCGUGCGCAUUGCCUGGGUUUCACCGCAGCAUGAGCUGCUUGUGGCGCCAGGAUCCCGCAACGGCAGCAUUGCAGUGCUGUCUGAUGGCAGUUUGGCCAUUGGCAACGUGCAGCCAUGGCAUGAGGGUGUUUUUGUGUGCCUGGCCACUGGGCCCCGCCUGCAUCACAACCAGACACAUGAGUACAACGUGAGCGUGCACUUCCCACACCCUGAGCCCGAGGCUUUCAACACAGGCUUCACCACGCUGCUGGGCUGUGCUGUGGGCCUGGUGCUUGUGCUGCUCUACCUGUUCGCACCACCCUGCCCUGGCUGCCGCCGCUGCUACCAUCGCACCUGUUGCUGCUGCCGCCACUGGCCCCAAGCACCCAGCCCACUCCAGGAGCUGAGCGCACAGUCCUCGGUGCUCAGCACCACGCCGCCUGAUGCACCCAGCCGCAAGGCCAGUGUCCACAAGCAUGUGGUCUUUCUGGAGCCAGGCAGGAGGGGCCUCAAUGGUCGUGUGCAGCUGGCAGUAGCUGAGGACUUUGAUCUCUACAAUCCCAUGGGCCUGCGGUUCAAGGCUGGCUCUGAGUCCACUAGCUCCACAGGCUCUGAGGGUCGGGUGAUGACCUAGGCCACCCAGGGCCCCUACCCAGGCCACUGCCUGCCUGCUGUUUACCCGGCUCCCUGCUGCUGCCCAGAAAACUGCCAGAUGCUGAUGGGAAGCACUGGGCUUGGUCCCCUAGCCGCCUCUGUGAGCCUCAACCUAAACUAGAGCAGCCCCACUCACAGGUAGAGGGGCUGAGGUCCCCAUCCUCUUUCCUGCUCCACCCCAGCACAAGACCCAAAGGCCCCAGGCCGUAGGAGGGCCUGCUUUCUUUGGGACCUCCUGGUGCCCAAAUGUCCCAUGAGGAUUGGAACCAAGGCCCACCUGGAAGAGUCCUUGUAUUAGAACCCCAGGUCCACCCUCAAGGGCCGAAGCAGAUAUCAAGGAGUGGUGGUGAAGAACUGAAGCAUCAACACCUUUCCCUUCCCAGGGAGAUGGGAAGGGAGUAGGCCCACAGGGUAAGAGGAGGACUCCAGAGGAAGACCUAGCCCCCACCCCGGGGUCAAAGGAGGAAACAAGCCCUCCCUCUGGUGAAAUAGGACUCCCCAUGCACCAAGAUCCCACCUACUUCAAGCUUCACAACUCCAUGCAGAGUCUGAUGGGCAGGCAUGAAGCAGGCAAGGCCCCUUAAGAGACCCCCAGGGGGCCUCGCCGAGCCCUAACCAGAGUGGCCCUGCUCCCUCUGGCCAGGGGCAUCAUCCACAGGCCAUUCUGAGGACAGAGCCUCUCCCAUGGGCUCAUGAGACAGCAGUAAGGGGCACCAUGGCCUGUGCCCCCAACCUUUCCGCUGUAAAAAGCCUGCCAAGCAUGGCGAAAAUGGGAGUGCUGAGCUGGAACUCGCCAUCCCUCAAGGGUAGAAGCCUCUUAAGGGCUGGCACUGGUCUCAGCCUAAUGGCUGAGGGAGUGCCAUGGCUUCAUAUGCAUCUUACCACUCCUACUGCAGGGAGGCAGGGAAGGGGGUUUGGGAACCCCUCCUGUGUGUGGGCUGAGCUGGGGGCCCCCCACAAGUGUCCUGGAUUGAGUUGUCAUGGAGUUUCUUAAUAAAGAUAGUACAUGCUCAUUGCUGGAGCCUUCGCAGAUGCAGGUAGCAGUGUGUGUGCUCAGCUCUUGAUCCCAGCAGUGCCGUUCUGGACAUUUCAGGAUGGCACCCUGCCCUACCAGAGUCUUGUUCCCCUGCCUGAGGUGUAGCAACAAGCCAGUGGCUCUGACUAUGGGCUAGGGCACCCUGUUCUGCUGGGGUCCCUGAUUCUCCUACUCAGAGCUGCUGCUGCCACCUAUUUAGGCAGUUCAUACCUCACUGCCUUCCCUCUGCCUCAAAACCUAAUACUGAGGUCCAUUUUAGAGAUGAGGAAACUGAGCUGCGGGAAGGCCCUGCCCAGCUCCCUCCCCAUCAGACACACCCAGGUCCCACAGGGGCCCACAGUACCUAACACUCACCCUGAGGCUGGGCCAUGCACUAGGAGCCGCACCAGGAUGCCUGUCACUGCCACCAGAAUAGGGUAGUGGUCCACACUCUCCAGGCCUAAAGGGAAGGGAAGGAAGGGGAUGAGCUACCCACGCACUCCUGCUGCAAGGGCUCUAGAUCUGCCUGGCUGAUGCCAUCCACCCCUCCCAUUGUCUUCCCCACAGAAAGGAGAGCUAAGGUUGGGGGUGCCAAGCUUGGCUGUCCCAGUGCAGAAUGGAGAAUCAGGCACUGCUGCUCCUGGCAGGGGAACCAAGGCCAGUGGUGUCGGGUACAGGGCAUCUAGGUCCUCACCAGGCAGCCGCAGGGUGACCACGCGGUCAAACAGGUUCCUCUCAGCCGUCACCCGGUUCAGCACCUGGUUCAGCAGCUGUGAGGGCAGGAGCCCAUUGGUAGGUGGGUGGGCUCAUGGUUCAAGUAGCUCCAGGGUCCCACCCUCCUUACCCAGAGGGACACACCUGUGCCAGACGCUGCAGCAGCAUCUCAGAGGUAGGCCGGGCCCAGUCAAGGAAUAUCUCAGGCACCAGUGUGAU